UCAAGUCCGUGGGCUGGAGGUGUCUGUCCGUGUGGUAACUGCAUCCACAAAGUUGGAACGUUACCUGUCCAAAGUCCCAAACAGGACAGAUGUCAGCAGCGAAGCAGCGACCUGGUCGCGUGUGCGUGGUCGUGCUGGGCGACGUGGGCCGCAGCCCGCGUAUGUGCUACCACGCCCAGUCGCUGGCGCAGCGUGGUCACCACGUGGACGUGGUCGGCUACCUGCGCGACGAGGGCAGUGAGCUCAGUGUGGCACGCGUAGCUUCCGUCUACCCCCUGCGUCCCGUGCCGAGCUGGGUCAGCGGCUGUCCGCGGCUGCUGGCCUACCUGCUGAAGGCCCUGUGGCAGGCGGCGGUGCUGUUCGCGUUUCUGAUGACGUUGCCUCGCUUCAACAGCCUGCUGCUGCAGAAUCCGCCGGGCGUGCCCACGCUGCCGGUGAGCUGGCUAGCCUGCCGGCUGCGGCGCGCCAGGCUCAUCAUCGACUGGCACAACUACUCCUACACCAUCAUGGCGCUGAGCGUGGGCCGACAGAACCUCCUCGUCAAGCUGACCAAAUGGCUGGAGUCGGCGUUCGGCCGCAGGGCGGACGCGAACCUCUGCGUUACGGCCGCCAUGCAGGAGGACCUGGCCAAACACUGGGGCAUCGUGGCGUCGCCGCUGCACGACCGUCCGGCAGCCCGGUUCCGGCCAGUGCCACCCGAGGAGACGCACGAGCUGUUCGUGCGUCUCGGCAAGCUGUACCAGGCGUUCAGCACGACGGUGCCCGACCGGACCGCCUUCACUGAACGUCACGCGGACGGUAGCGUACGCCUGUUUGAUGAUCGGCCCGGCUUGCUGGUCUCGGGGACCAGCUGGACGGAGGACGAGGACUUCUCCGUCCUCCUGCACGCUCUGCAAGAGUACGAGACGACGCGGGAGGAGCGGCCGCACGAGCUCCCCCGCCUGCUCUGCGUCAUCACCGGUCGGGGACCGCUGAAGCAGUUCUACUGCCAGCUCAUGGAGCGCAAGAACUGGAACCACGUGGAGGUGCUGACCCCCUGGCUGGCCGAGGACGAUUACCCGCGGCUGCUCGCCAGUGCUGACCUGGGAGUGAGCCUGCACACCUCCUCCAGCGGGCUGGACCUGCCGAUGAAGGUGGUGGACAUGUUCGGCGCUGGCCUGCCCGUCUGCGCCUACAACUUCAAGUGCCUUUCGGAGCUGGUGCGGCACGGCGAAAACGGCUUCGUCUUCAGCUCGUCCAGCCAGCUGGCGGAGCAGCUGAUCGCGUGGUUCCGAGGUUUCCCGCACAGCCAACAGAUGGCGGGUCUGCGCCGCCGCUUCCGAGAGCAGAUCGCCGCCUUCCGCCGUCAGGGCUGGGACGAGAACUGGGGCCAGCGCGCUGGUCACCUAUUCGAAGUGUGACCUCUCUU